CCCUUUUCUUUUGUUUUAAAUCAAGCCUGUGUUUUGGCUAAACCUAUAGCUAUGCCAGAGGUUAAUGGCACUUUUGCCAGUAGCUACAACAACCCUGCAUUUCAGGAGGAUUAUGGAAGUGACAGUUUGAACAAGGAAAAUGACACUGCUUUUAGGAACAGGAACCCAGAAAGAGGCGGUAACCACUAUGAUACAAACAUCAGUAUUGAGAAUGAUGUUCAAAUGAACACACAUGACUCAGAAGAAAGAGAGAAACCUGGGCCCAAACGAUAUCUCAAAAAGAAGUAUGAUAUGGUCGGUCACUAUUGCAGGAAACAUAAAACCAGCAUCCGAUAUGUGAUGUAUGGCAUUCUAAUAACAGCUUAUCUGGCAAUGGUAAUUGCGGCCUGUGUCUUGAACUUUCGCAGAGCUUUGGCCCUCUUCGUCCUCACUCUCCUAGCCAUCUUUUUCAUCUGUUGGGACUUUCUGAUAGCCAAAUAUGAGGACAGAAUCGCAGAAUCCUUUUCUCCUUGUGGAAAGUUUCUGAAAACACAGUGGUUUUGGCUGAAAUGGGUCACAUGGAUUGCUCUAAUAGCUGCCAUUGUGUGCUGGCUUAUCUUUGACACAGCCAAACAAGGAACCAAACAGCUCAUUUCCUUUGGUGGGCUUGUAAUGUAUGUUCUUUUGAUGCUGAUCUUUUCUAAAUACCCAACCAAAGUUGUGUGGAGACCAGUGCUUUGGGGUAUAGGAAUGCAAUUUUUUCUUGGACUAAUAACACUGCGGACAAAAGUAGGAUUUGAUGCAUUCCAUUGGCUUGGUGAGCAAGUGCAGGCUUUCUUGGCAUACACUGAUGCCGGUGCGGAGUUCGUGUUUGGUAAAAAAUACACCGAUCAUUUCUUUGCCUUCAAGGUCCUGCCGAUAGUAGUUUUCUUCAGCACAGUGAUGUCUAUGCUUUACUACAUUGGAUUCAUGCAGUGGCUAAUUAAAAAGGUUGGAUGGGUAAUGCAAAUUACUCUGAAAACAAGCCCUGUUGAAUCUUUGGUUGCAGCUGGCAACAUAUUUGUGGGACAGUCUGAAUCGCCUCUCUUGGUGAAGCCAUAUUUGCCUUACGUUACCAAGUCAGAACUCCAUGCUAUCAUGACAGCAGGGUUUGCUACUAUUGCUGGAAGUGUCUUAGGAGCAUAUAUUUCUUUUGGUGUGUCAGCUUCUCAUUUACUAACUGCCUCUGUGAUGUCAGCACCAGCCGCUUUGGCUAUUGCCAAACUCUUCUGGCCUGAGACAGAGUGUCCUCAGAUAACCACACAACAGGGCACAAAGCUAGAAAAGGGAGACUCCAAAAAUCUGUUGGAAGCGGCUAGCCAAGGAGCUUCUGCCUCAGUCUCCCUGGUGGCAAAUAUUGCUGUGAACCUGAUCGCCUUCCUUGCCUUGCUGGCUUUCUUUAAUGCAGCCCUGUCUUGGUUGGGGAACAUGUUUGACUACCCACAGUUGAGUUUUGAGGUCAUUUGUGCCUACACCUUCAUGCCAUUUUCUUUCAUGAUGGGGGUAGACUGGGAAGACAGUUUUAUUGUUGGCAGGCUUCUAGGUUACAAGACUUUCUUCAAUGAAUUUGUGGCUUAUGAACACCUUUCAGAACUGAUCAAAAAGAGAAAGGCAGGAGGGGAAAUUUACAUCAAUGGUGCAAAACAGUUCUUGAGUAUCCGAUCAGAAACCAUUGCCACUUAUGCACUCUGUGGAUUUGCAAACUUCGGUUCUUUGGGAUUGAUAAUUGGAGCACUGACAUCCAUGGCUCCUGCCAGGAAGAGAGAUAUUGCAUCUGGGGCCUUCAGAGCCAUGAUUGCUGGCACGGUGGCCUGCUUCAUGACAGCUUGCAUUGCAGGAAUAUUAUCUGUUGCAGAUUAUUCAUGCACUGCUUUACUAGAAAACAUCAACAACUCCAGUCUCACUUCAAAUAACACAGAAAUAUUUGCAUGCUGCUCAGACCUCUUUAACAGUGCAAAUAGUUCCACAGAGAUCUUCCUGAAAGCAAACAACAACUCAAGGAUCUUGACAGGAUGUUGUAAACUUCUGAACCAACCCGUGAUUAAUUGCAGCUGGAUCCCUACAUUUCCAUAAACUAAGGCAUCAUAUUGGAAGAGACAUGCAUUGGACUUUACCUCUCUUAUGGACUGGUAGUAACAAAGAUUGAAAGUGGAGUCAUUGUCUUGCUGAUGGAGAUAGAGCAUAUCUUGCUGAAACUAGAUUGACAACUUUGAAGGUCCUCCAGUUUUAUUGGAGUGAUUUGGUAAGUAUCCAUGAACACUUGGGUCCUCUUACAAAGACCAGGCCACAGUGAAGCACAUAUUGAAACAUUAUAAGCCAUUUCAAAUAUUUAUUUUAAACAAUUCCAAUUAUCCUGGUUGUUUUUUAUACUUCUUAAAUCUUCUUACUUUAACUGUGGAGGAUGACAAAGUUUUGCUCUAUUAGACAAUGGUCCUAUGUAUUUCUGCUCAGACUAAUUGAUUUCUUUGGGACUUACUUCCAAGCAAGUAUAAUAAUGUUUACAGCCUGACUUGUCACUUUUAAAUGGUACAGUUGUGGUUUUGUCAUUACAUGAGUUAAGAGAUUUACAUUGAAAUCAGCUUUCAGUGUAGCUUUGUAUUAUUUUCUCAUGCAUUGAAAUCUCUAUAACAUCUAGAUAUUACUAGUAUUACAUUGCAAGUAUUUAAAUUGUGACUUAGUCUUGCAAGGAACCCAAGGUGGCUUAACGUUCUGUUCCUCUCCAUUUUAUCCUCACGACAGCAAUCUUGUGAGAUAGGCCAGGCUGAGUGACGGGCCCCAAGUCACCCAGUGGGCUUCAUGGCUGAGUGGGAACUAGAGCCCUACUCCUGAGUCACAUUGUGCUACAUCAAACCUGUGAGACUGUGUUUUCAAGUAGCAACCCAGAACAGAAAUUCCACUUGACCAAAACCAGUUAUUUCUUAAAAAUCAACUAAGGGAGAAAGAGUUUUGAAAUCUAGGACAGAUUACCUUUUUAAAUGCAGAAACACUAGCUCGAAUUGAAUAUAGCUGCUGACCCUGCUGGUUCCAUUGUGUUUGUAGUGCUGAACACUUGUGGUCCUUAGUGGUCCUUAAAAGGAACCCUGGAAAUAAGCAGAAAUUAUCUUUUCCAAAACAAGAACAUUCAGCAGAACCCCCUCCUGCAAGUUCUGAUGAUUUGCACCCUUCCGUAAACAAGUGUUUCUUCUCAUUUGGGAUUGCUCCAUGGGCCAGUAUGUUCCCAUUUGACUGGCAGCAUAUUCUGCCAGUGCAUGAGCACAAUUGGAUACUGUCCAAGUGUAACAAUCAUUACCAAUGCAAUAAGUCUGCUGCUAUAUAGUUGUCUGUACAAGAAAUGCACCAUAAUAUAAAAUGGAAUAAAUAUAGGAAGAGAUAUUACAGUAACGGUUUUCAAUACCAAGAAAGACCAGCAAGACUUGUAUGUGUUCCAUGUGGUUAAUUAACUUAGUUAACAAACAUGCUUGCUUGCUGCGCUUGAUGGAGUCAGAAUAUAUAAACACUGCACGGGAAUUAUUCAACAGAAUAAAAAAAGAUCUUGGGGUUUCCUUAAGGCUUUUUGGGCAGAAUCUGAUGGGAUUUUGCUGCAUGAGUGGUGGGUCUCACUGAUUGCUCAAAUGGGACCCACCAGUCAUGUCGCAGAGAUUUAGCAUUUCCAGAAGAAACCCAAAAAUGAGUGGAUAUGCUCAUUUCAUUUGGCCAGGGAACUUCCUUAUUUGAACCUUGUCAAAUUGCCCUAUCUCAAUUUUGCUCAUUUCUAGUUGCUCCUGGAAGAUCAAAAUCUUCAUUCUUGCAAAUGGUGGUGCUGCUUGCAGGAGGGAUUGGUAGGGGUGCAAGAGGACCUGUGGGAGCCUGAGUACAUCGUUGCAUUCUGCCCUUUGUCAGCUUCAUUUCACAUUAGAGGUUUUUGCACUGUGGAAUAACUUCAUACAAUUCAGGUGAGGAUUAAAAAGGGGGUCACAAGAUAGUGUAGACAAGAGCAACUGAUAUUGAGGCUUUUCUCACCAUCCACGUCAUACCAGAUAGCCAACAAGGAUGUAUUCCACAAAGUGUUGUGUGAUUCCACAGAUCAUACUCUGAGGGCCAAGCUACAUUUUACACAUUCUUGUUCUUGUUGUUAUCAAAAACAGUUACUGGUGACUGCAGUCAGGAAAAGAGGAAGAGUGACAGAGUUUAAUCCAUUUUGCUGCUGGCACUUCAUCCUCACAAAAUCACCAACCUCAAGAGUGAAAAAGAUGUUUGGAAAGGCAAUUUUGUCAGAGAAAGGGUUAAUCAUCAGUUCUUCACCCAGCCUUCCUUUACUCUUGAUUAGAUAUUUUCAGCACCUGCUUCUCACUAGUCAAUAGUAUUUAAAUAGAUGGAGGAAAGUUAUACAAUAACAGAACUCCAUGUAAUGCAUAGUUUGACCCUGACACAGCCAUUAUAAUGGAAUUGAAUAUGCAGUCUCCAAGAAGAACUUAGUGUUGUUAUAUUGCUAUUUUAAGUGCUGAGAAAAUAAAAUAUCCCUUCAACAGAAGCACAACCACAAGAAAAGCUGUGUUGAUGAGGGUGAAGAAAGGGGAAAGAGUUACUCCUUUGCACUAUGACUUGUUUUGCACAUAAUACUAACCCAUGAUUAUCCAAUGUUCAUUGUCCUACCUAGGAUUUGUCUGGCAGAUGAUCAAACAAACCAUGGGUUUUUUCUCCAUAAUAUGUUUCCCUCCUUCUUUGCCCAUUCUCUCCCCAUAGCCCAAAUGCUUUGUUGUUCUGUUGUACUGGCAUGAAAAAUGACUGCAUUUUCUUUUUAUUAUUCUUGACUGCCACAACUGUAGCCUGGUGAAACAACUGAUGAACAACCCAUAGUUAUAGGUUAACAUCUUCUAACAACCCAUGGUUUAAGCAACUGUACGUUCAUAACCCAGCAACAAGGCACAAGUCCCUUUCUGGGUUGGUCAUGGUUUGUUAGUGUAGCUGGGUUCACACGUGUAGACAACCCAGGAUUCAUGAGUUAAGUAAACCCAUUAAUUAAAUAAACCAUGAGAUACCAUUAUGUGUGAAACAAGUCAUGAAGUUGGUUGUCAGGAAAGAUCAAGGUAAUUGUGUGUUUUGUAUAAACUCCUUUGAGAAAUUAAAAACAAAUAGUGCAUGGAAAUAAAAGUAUUAAUGCACUUAAAUGAUCAAAGCCAGUAAAGUUAUUUUGAUCUUUUCUUAAAGCUAUUCUGUGCUGUAGUAGUGCAUUAUCCAAUUCUUGAACUGAAUAAAGUAAACUGUCAAAAAUG